AUGGCGGCGAACGACAUCCCAAGAGACCCGACCGAUGAAGAGGCCCUUGCGCUCUUCAAGGCCAUAGAGGAGAAGUUCCCGGCGAAGACGGUAGGAAAGGAUAAGUGGUAUGUUCUUACAUUCGCGACGAUAGUUGCUGGCGGCCAGCCCGGUUUCGCGCCCCUUUUGUACAAAGAACUCAUCAAGCGACCCGAGUAUCAGACGCCGGAACAGCGACAGGCGCUUAUGCGACGAAUCCGGGAGACACUGUUUAAGCUCGUGUGUAUCGCCGGGGUCUGUAAACCGCUUGAGGCUAUCUUCGACAUUGAUGCCAUCACCGCGCCGCAGGACAAAGACUACUCGUUCUCAAGAGAGGGAUGGCAGUGCGAUGAGGCGAACCGACAGCGCGGCUUCCAAUGGCAAGACCAGCUGUACAAGCACAACCAGGCAAGCAUAGACAAUGCGCUUUCUUCGCAGAAGGACUUCGACUGGGUCAGCAAGAACAUCAGCUAUGGUCUCUACCUCUCCGACCAUCGCAUCCUCGACGACGUCGAAACGGAGCUCGUCGUACUAGGCGGCAUAAUGAUACAGAAUCUUCCCCGCGAGACUGGCUGGCAUCUUCGUGGCACAAGGAGAAUUGGAGUGAGCAAGGAGGACGUCGAGACGAUACAACAAUGUGUAAGAUGCUAG